AUGGCAACUUCUGUGGACCAGAAGCUGCGCGCGCAGACCAAAUUCCCGCCCGAAUUCAACCAGAAGGUUGACAUGCAGAAAGUGAAUGUCGAGGUGAUGAAGAAGUGGAUUGCAGGCAAGAUCACUGAAAUCCUCGGUAACGAAGAUGACAUUGUAAUCGAGCUUUGCUUCAACCUGCUAGAGGGUUCGCGCUAUCCUGACAUCAAGUCUCUACAAAUCUCGCUCACCGGUUUCCUUGACAAGGAUGCUGCCAAGUUCUGUAAGGAACUGUGGAACCUUUGCUUGAGCGCCCAGUCCAACCCGCAGGGCGUUCCGAAAGAACUACUCGAAGCGAAGAAGCUCGAACUCAUGCAGGAGAAGGUUGGUUCAGCUCCAUGA